GUUCGUCUUUUCUCUCUCCGGCUUCUGCUGCUGUGUUGUCUUCAGAGAUUGCACGUUCCUCUUCAUUGCAUAUACAUUUAUUUCGUCCCCCUACUCCUACCAGCACUCAGUGAGCUUGGUCUGAUUUGAAAAGAGAACCGAGUGGCAAUUCUUCCAUUCGUCAUUUUUCUCCCGUCACCACCAUGGAAUACGAGAACGAAGGUGGUCGCUAUGAUGAUGCAACCCGGUAUGACCGGGAUCGCAGCGCGUCUCCUCGGGGUAACGGCCACGCGCCUACUCGCAACCGUAGCAUGUCGCCGAACGGCCGCGGUGAUGCACGUGCUCCUCCAUCCGACGCUCGCAUGAAGGAUGACGAUGCUAGCGCUGCCAACACUGGAACCAACCUCUUUGUUACUGGCAUUCACCCUCGUCUCACCGAAGCCGACGUGUCCCGCCUUUUCGAGAAAUACGGUGACGUUCAAAACUGUUCCAUCAUGUUGGAUCCGCAUACCAAGGAAUCUCGCGGCUUUGGGUUUGUCAACAUGGCUACAUCUGACCAGGCUGAGGCUGCCAAGGAAGGAUUGCAGGGUGAGUCCAUAGAAGGACGAACUCUAAGCAUUGAAAAGGCACGCCGUAACCGACCCCGUACGCCAACUCCGGGGAAGUACUUUGGGCCUCCUAAGCGCGAUUUCCGUGGACCACCGCGAGGUGGACGAUUCGAGCGUUAUGAUGACCGACGAGGUGGAUAUGGUUACGGUCGCCGCCAUGAUGAUGGUUAUCGACAUGGACGCUACGACUCCUACAACGAACGUAGCCGUGAAUAUGGCCGCCGUGAUUACCGUGAUGACUACGGCUAUCGUGGAGUAGAUCGAUACGCGACUUCCGGACGUGAAGAGAGAUAUGGUCCUCGAGGCGAAGACCGCCGUCGUGGGGGUUAUUAUGAUCGUGAUGAUGCUCGCGCUCAAGCCGCGUCAGCUUAUGCUAGUGCACCCCCCCAACAUACGGCGCCAGGUAGGUAGGUUUCGUGAACUCAAAGUUUCACACUGGCAAUAGGGCCUCGCUACAAGCGUCGCUCGUGGCGAUUCGUGCCUUAUUCCAAUGGUCUCUUUUUGUGUUUCUUCACCGCUUAUCCAUCUCUUCUUAAUAACCCUACAUCUCUUCUAUUCCCCCUUGUAUUCCUGAAAUGGGUUUUAUGUCUACAUCCUCAGCUGGGUCAGUUCUCUACGGUUACGGCGCGGCGCUUCUCUGUUCUUUAUCUCGCAAAAAGUCAACUUCUUUUUUCGCGCGCACAUGGUCAAGAAUUAUGUCGACGGAUUCGGGAGCAUGGCAGCUCAAGAUUGACACCUGCAUCAAGCGACCUCCUUUGAUGUAGUUGAUCAAGCAAGCUGCGUUUCAAACACCUCGAAACAUUGGCGGCGGAAGCAAGGAUUCACUUGUAUUAUCUUCGACAUGUCUUGUGGCCCUAUUAUUCUUUUCAGCUAUGGUCCUUAUCGGUAGUCAGCUUUGUCAGCUUUUCGACUCAGUCGUUUCAGAUUCAGAUUUCGACUGCAUCUUACUCGGCCAAAGUGAACACAGCGUCAAUGCAUCCCCAGUACCUGAAAGUUAGCGCCAGAUUAUUUUUGAAUAAGGGUCUGGCACGUUCAUCAGUUCCGGCAAGCGUUGUGUUGUAGUGUCGAUCACUAUCGGCCAACGGUAUCACUAAAAUAAACCAUCGGACGUGAGCCAGACAAAUUGUAAACUUCAGUCGGUUUCA